GUCGCUCUAUGAUGGCGUCACCGGGAAGGUAAAAUAAAACAGGAACUUAAAUAAUUCGUCAUUGAAUUUCAAUCUCCGUGCACAUGUAUACGUUCAGGGUCAGUGACUAAUUCAUUUUAACAUAGUUGGCUUCAAAUUGCGAAUUGUGAUACAUUGCGAUAUACCCAUUUUUUAUUUGUUCGGUUGCCUAGGCUAUUUGUCAAAUUGUAAAUACAGAAAUACAUGUACUAUAACAUAAGUGGCAAAACAUGUUAUUUAGCUUCAUUCAAGCUAACGUUAAUUGAUCAACGGAGGCGUCCAAGGAUCAAUAAUCACAAUGUAUGUACAACAGCCACUAAAACGUGUGUGUUUCUGUGUAUAGUUUAGUCAUAUAGUCCCCCCUUUGCCAUGCUUUUAAUACUAGCAGGUUUAAGGUCAGCAUUACUAAAACAUAAGCCAGUAAAUGUUCUGGUGAAGGCAUGUCUAUGCUCGGCAGCCAAGGCUGAUGGUGAUACCACCACCAACCCAGGGAAACCACCACAAUUAGCAAAGAAGAAAUGGAGAAAGAAGUUCAGGAACAAGCCUGCAUCAAAUGAACACCUGCCCUGGGAGGAGAGACUGGCCGACUCUGUCACUCCUCUGUGGCGGCUGAGUUACGACGAACAACUCCAGCUGAAACAGAAGCACCAGGAGAGGAUCCUACUACAGCUCUCAGAUCAACUCUUAUGUGGAGAGUCGACCCAACAUAAGGCCUUGACACAAUCUUCUUCCCCACCCAGGAGUACCAAACUCAGCUUCCCUCUGCUACCUAUCUUACCGUCACCUGUCAGGGACGGCUACCGCAACAAGUCUACCUUCUCGGUCAACCGUGGGGUGGAUGGCAACCCUAAGACGGUGGGGUUCUACGUGGGAACGGGCAAAGCGGGAAACAUUGUGUGUGUGAACGGGGACCACCUCCUCAACAUGCCCGAGAGACACAAGCUGGUGGCCAGGUGCUACCAGGACUUUCUCCGCCUGUCAGCCCUUGAUCCCUGUCUGCUGUUCCACAACGGAGGCCACUGGAGGGAGGUAGGACAGGAUAGUAUCUAAACCCAGUUCAGAGGGCCCACCAGUCAUUUCAUAUAUUUGAUAUAUCCUAACACCAGCACAACUGAUUCAAAUCAACAGUGGUGACGUUCCUGCCUGAUCAGAUCUCACAACACUUGGAUAGGUGUUUAACAUAUCAGCUAACCACAUCAUAUGAUAUAGCAAUCUGAUGCCCGACUGUGCAGUCAAUGAAGUGGCACACAACCAUUGGUUGAUGCAAUGCAAUGGCCGUUUUUGAGAGCAUCAAAACCGUGAUGUAUCUUAGGUAAAUUGACUGACUGACUGAUCUACAAAUAAAAAUGGUGCUCAGAAAGUGACUUUUUGGACCUGAAGGCCAAAACAUUAAAAAGAUAAAGGUGCUCAAAGUUGAUCUAUUUUGCAUACCACACCAUACCAUGAGACUUCCAUGUCUUCAUCACUGGAAAAUAUAAACGGUUGAGAUUGAUAUAAUUUAAAACCUUACAAAUAGGGUUGUCAAACUAUUUUAUAAGUUCUUGAUCAUUUUUAGAUACAUAUAAAUUGGCAUUUCUUUACCUUAAACGUCAAAUAUUCACAUAUUUUGUAGCUUAGACCCUAUUUUAGAUAAUCUGAGGUUUUUGAGUUGUGCCCGCCAUCGGUUGAGACACAACGUUCUUGAAUACAGGGUGGGUGUCUUUUUGGCUGAUAAAUGUACAAAAUGUCAACUUUCAAAUGGUACCACAAACGAGCAUUCCCCGCCCACCUGAGGAUUGGACUUUCUCAGCCAUCGAUACUGAACACAAAUAUAAACGCAACAUGUAAAGUGUUGCUCCCAUGUUUCAUGAGCUGUAAUAAAAUAUCCCACAUUUUUUUCCAAACACACUAAAAGCUUAUUUCUCUUAAAUGUUGUGCGCACAUUCGUUUACAUCCCUGUUAGUGAGCAUUUCUCAUUUGCCAAGAUUAUCCAUCCACCUGACAAGUGUGUCAUAUCAAGAAGCUGAUUAAACAGCAUGAUCAUUACACAGGUGCACCUUGUGCUGGGGACAAUAAAAGGCCACUCUAAAAUGUGCAGUUUUGUAACACAACAUAGUUCAAGUUUUGAGGGAGAGUGCAAUUGGCAUGCUGACUGCAGGAAUGUCCACCAGAGCUAAUGAAACUGUGAGUUUGCAUAACUGAAGAGUAUCUGCACAAACUCAGGGAAGCUGAUCUGCAUGCUCGUCGUCCUCACCAGGGUCUUGAACUGACUGCAGUUCAGCGUCGUAACCAACUUCAGUGGGCAAAUGCUCACCUUCAAUGGCCACUGGCACGCUGGAGAAGUGUGGUCUUCACAGAUUAAUCCCGGUUUCAACUGUACCGGGCAGAUGGCAGACCGUGUGUAUGGCGUUGUGUGGGCGAGAGGUUUGCUGAUGUCAACGUUGUGAACAGAGUGCCCCAUGGUGGCGGUGGGGUUAUGGUAUGGGCAGGCAUAAGCUACGGACAACGAACACAAUUGCAUUCUAUCAAUGGCAAUUUGAAUGCACAGAGAUACCAUGACGAGAUCCUAAGGCUCAUUGUCGUGCCAUUCAUCCGCUGCCAUCACCUCAUGUUUUAGCAUGAUAAUGCAGGCCCCAUGUCGCAAGAGUUUGUACACAAUUCCUGGAAGCUGAAAAUGUCCCAGUUCUUCCAUGGUCUGCAUACUCACCAGACAUGUCACCCAUUGAGCAUGUUUGGGAUGCUCUGGAUCGGCGUGUACGACAGUGUGUUCAAGUUCCCCCCAAUAUCUAGCAACUCUGCACAGAAGAGGAGUGGAACAACAUUCCACAGGCCACAAUCAACAGCCUGAUCAACUCUAUGCGAAGGAGAUGUGUCGUGCUGCAUGAGGCAAAUGGUCAUACCAGAUACUGACUGGUUUUAUAAACCACGGCCGUACCUUUUUUUUUUUUAAAGGUAUCUGUAUUCCCAGUCAUGUGAAAUCCAUAGAUUAGGUCCUAAUGAAUGUAUUUUAAUUGACUGAUUUCUUUAUAUGAACUAUAAUUCAGUAAAAUUGACUGAUUUCCAUAUAUGAACAGUAACUCAGUAAAAUAUUUGAAAUUGUUGCAUGUUGUGUCUAUAUAUAUUUUUCACUGUAUUUCCUGUAUUUGAGGGGUGCAAAUCCACUUGUCACUUAAAGGGACAUUUAAAAAAUGUUCAACUUCAUAUUCAUAAUCUCCAGCACCACCCAAUAUCAACAUUUGUGAAAAUGGCACGUUUCUAUUUCUUGUGUUAAAAGUGGAAGAUAAGUGUUUUCAAUGACAUAAUCAACCAAUUAGUAGGCAAAGCCUACUCAUAAUUGGUUAAAAUCACAUGAUGUACAUCGACGAUGUCAUUCCUCUAUAUUUUUUACUACAAAACCUAGAAAUGCGCAAUUUUCACCUGUUUAUGUUGGGGUGCUGCUGGAGAUGAUGAAUAUGAAGUAAAUUUUUUUUUUAUAUCACAGGAUUGAUUGCUUUAAUUUUACUCCUGUGACUUUUUCAUACUCUUGCUUGUGCCUGUCAUUUUUCCCUUUAAUAUUACGACCGGGGAAAUGUUUGUAAUGGCCUGUCAAUGGCUGAAAUGGGCUCAAUGGGAUACAUUGGCUUUCCAUUGAGUCGAUAAGAAUGCUAAAGCUUCGUUGGGGAUUUAACGCACCAUCUCAACACGUACAUCACAAGAAAGAGAAGAAAGAUAACUUUAUUUUGAUGGGUGUUCAUUUUUUGUGGGAUUGAAAAAAGUAAUCGUUUAAUACAGUUGAAAUGUUGACAAAUUACAAAAAAUUCGCUGAAAUGAAAGCAACAUCCGAAAAUGAACACUCAGAUCAUAGUGAUAUUAUGUCUGAUCUCACAAACAAUGUAAAGUAUGUUUAGAUAGAUGUAAUCUAGAGCCAAGCGUGUAGAAUUUUAACCGAGGGUAUCCUGCUAUUGACACAAUUGUUGAUUUAUGCAAGAGAACGUGACAACAGUAAUUAAUGAGGCAGUCUAGACACCACAGGUAGGGUCGACAGAGCAAGUGUUUGGCGGCCCUGUUCCUCCCCUUUAUGUUAAUGUAUUAAUAUAUGCAAAUACACUAGUGUAUUUAUACAAAUUAGACACAUAUCAUUUAUUUUAUUUUGACAAACUGACCAGGUGAAUCCAGGUGAUAGCUAUGAUCCCUUAUUGAUGUCACUUGUUAAAUCCACUUCAAUCAGUGUAGAUGAAGGGGAGGAGAUGGGUUAAAAAAACAUUUUUAAGCCUUGAGACAAUUGAGACAUGGAUUGUGUUUGUGUGCCAUUCAGAGGGUGAAUGGGCAAGACAAAAUAUGUAAGUGCCUUUUGUAGGUACGGUAGUAGGUGCCAGGCGCACUGGUUUGUGUCAAGAACUGCAACGCUGCUGGGUUUUUCACACUCAACAGUUUCCCGUGUGUAUCAAGAUUGUUCCACCACCCAAAGGACAUCCAGCCAUCUUGACACAACUGUGGGAAGCAUUGGAGUCAACAUGGGCCAGCAUCCCUGUGGAAUGCUUUCGACACCUUGUAGAGUCCAUGCCUCGUAAGUUCAUGCAGUUGACAUGUAGGCACAAGUCAGAAAAUGUUAUCCCCAGAAUGCAACACACUUUGGAAGGUGGUGACCAAUGAUGGUCACCAACUUGACAACAGUGAUCCACUCGAAAGUGCCGAUUGGCUGUGUUUAGGGCUGUUACGAUGACCAUAUUACCGCCACACUGGCGGUCACGAUCAUGACUGCAGUCAAAUUCCACGUGACCAGUUAGCCACGGUAACUAGGCUUCUCCAAGCGCCGAUGCUGCUGAUAGUCAUUAGUAGCCUACCACAGAUGCUUAACUGCCUGGUACUCAGCACUCUAUUGUCCCUCUAAUCACUCUGACAUCAAUGCAAAUGUUUUCGCAAAUCAAAUACUUCAUUAGAGCCCAUGAGCUCAUGUUGCGCAACAUUUCUAUAGGCUAUGCAAUUGUGUGAGAACAGUUUUGAUGGCCUCUAUUAAAAAGAGGAGCCUCCUGUAGCUCAGUUGGUAGAACAUGGCGCUUGCAACGCCAGGGUUGUGGGUUCGAUUCCCAUGGGGGGCCAGUAUGAAAAAUGUAUGCACUCACUAACUGUAAGUCGCUCUGGAUAAGAGUGUCUGCUAAAUGACUAAAAUGUAAACAUGUAAAUCAGCUUUCUAUAGGCUAGGCCUACUAUAUUUAUUUAUAUACUAAGCACAUUGCUUCGCUUUACAACAGGAGUAUAGCCUACCUGGCUGGCAAGAAAAUGAGCCACGGGAAAAGCGUCCUCCAUUCGCUAUCAGAGGAAGGCCCUAAAAAUGGUCAAAGACUCCAGCCACCCUAGUCAUAGACUGUUCUCUCUGCUACCGCACGGCAAGCGGUACCGGAGUGCCAAGUCUAGGUCCAAAAGGCUUCUUAACAGCUUCUACCCCCAAGCCAUAAGACUCCUAAACAGCUAAUCAUGACUACCCAGACUAUUUGAUUUGAUUGAUUUGAUUUUAAGUGCAUAGAUUACUUAAUUUUUUUCUCUGUUCCGUCAGGGGCAUGAUAAUGGUCCAUUCUAAAUCAAAACUAAUUUCACACACACAUUAUUUAGUAUAUGUAAAGACAACAUUAAAUUAAAAAUAGUAUGAUGGGUGACAAUAUUAGCUUAUCACUUGUGAAUGAUGUAUUAUCACUUGUGAAUGAUGCCCAGCGUGUGCAGUAAUGCAAGAAACAGUGCAUGCCUUUAUUUUACGACUUUUUCAAAUCAUAGUUGCACACCUCAUGUAGCCUAGCCCAUAGUCCUACAUGUUUUGAUAAGGUUUGUAUCACAACUAAAGGGGCCAAAUAACUUCUUAAAAUUAAGUACAUUACAACCCGUGUAGAGCGUAACUGGCAUACAUAGGCGGCAUGUGAGUUUCAAGUUUGGGGAAGAUAAUUUUCACCCCAAGAAUGCACCUUUAUAAUAAAGCAUUACAUGCAUAAUCGCAUUUGCGGUCACUUUUGAGAACAGUGUUUUCACGCUAAUUUAUUGCAUUUUGGAACAUUCACGCUUAUAGCCUACUGCCAUGUGCUUAUUGCUGCGCUUAUAAUGUGAAGAAAUAGUUUAUCAAAUAGUUUAUCAACAUUUUAAGCUAAACGUUCUGAUCUGUUGCAUCAGCCUCAUUGCCUUUAAACGUUUUUUUGAUGCGAGUGGUUCUAUUAAUUUGGGAUCUAUCACAUCCCACAACUGUCCCAGAGUUUGUUUGGAAUAUUUAUUUAUUUCACAGAAGGACAAGUUGACCAAUAGAAUAGGUCAACUUUUGUACUAUAGGGGAUAGUAGAUUGACAUAGGCUAGUGCUUUUGGUGUUCGUUAGGUAUACUCAUCUUGUUGGCUGACAAAAAGUAGGCUAAAUGUGGACAGUUCUUCUAACAUCAUCAAUAUGCGCCUCGGAAUUCGAUAAGAGGGACGUGCGCAGUUGUGUCCCCAUUGUGUCUGUCUUCACUUGUAGCCUACUUCUUAGCUGAGAUGCCUGUGAGAAGGACCCAAUCACGUGACGGGCAUUGGCUAAUAAGAAUUGAGAUAUCGGAGAGAGCCAUGUGAGUGAGAGGUGCUUCGGAGCACGGCAGCUGAGAGAAGGGAAUUAUAAUUAUUAUAUUCAGCCCAAGCGUAGAACGGCCACUUUGGCCACAAAAGGCAUGGAGUUUUUAGGGGCAUUACGGCCACACAAAGGGGAUGCCACGGGGAAAUUUGAGGCCUGGUGAGAAUAUUAUCAAGUGCUUGUGAAUGAGAGACUGAUGAAGUGUGUGCAGCCUGCACAACAAACUAAGCAGAGCUCAUGCCUUUCAUGCUACUUUUUUCAAAUCAUCAUUAGAGUCGCAUCAUGCAGCCUUAGAAUGUAUUCCAAAAUCAAAACAUAUAGCCCAACGUUUGUACCACAACUAAAGUUGCAUAAAUAACUCUAAAUUAAGCAUAUAGGAGGACCUGUUUCUUUGUUAACCGCUCAACACAGAAUAACCGCAUGUGCACGCUUCUUUGGAAAUCGUUUGGAGAAAAUAUCCUUUCUAUUUUAUUCAGCUAUGUUCAGUUGUAUUUUUUAUUGUGAUGGUGUUGGACAGGGGUACUCAACUUUACCUUACGAGGUCCGGAGCUGCUGGUUUUCUCUUCUACCUGAUAAUUAAUUGCACACACCUGGUGUCCCAGGUCUAAAUCAGUCCCUGAUUAGAGGGUAGCGAUGAAAAAAAGUAAUGAAACUGGCUUUAAGGUCCAGAGUUGAGUUUGAGGGUUGUAGUCUAUAUUAAAUGGAUGUAUUAGACUUUUUAAAAUGUAGAUGUUCCAAAGGUCUGCAUCAGUGGCUUGUAGGCUAUGUGGAAGCCAGGAGAUGCUAAAUGUGUUUAUGUUAAUUGACGGUCAAUUACCGUUAGACCGGCAGUUAUUUGCUUGACAAUCACUGGCUGACAAAAUGUCAUGACUGCCACAGCCCUAGCUGUGUUCAAGAGCAUCAAAUCCGUGAUGCAUUGUGGGUCAAUUCUGACUGACUGACUAAUCUACAAAUAAAAAUGAGUAGUUUAUUUAUGAUGCAAGGUGUUUCGUAGGUCAGUCAGUCGGAAGUCGCCUGCAAUGUCGGCUGCAAUGUCGAACAAGCCCAUUGGUACAGAUUUUUCAGCUGUGCUUGUGUUGGAAUACUUCAAAUAUAUAGAACUGCUGAUGGGCCUAGAGGACCGGGAUGAGAACGGCUGGGAUAGGAUAGGCCUAAACUUUAUUGUUGCCGGGGGGGGGGGUAAAUUGUAUUGGACACAGUACUGCUGUAUACACAUGAACCCUGUAAAUUAUUACACAUUCACAGGUGACAGUGAGGACAAACGCAGCGGGCCACACCAUGGCCAUCGUCUACUUCCACCCACAGAGGCUCACCCCGGAGGAGAUAGAGGUCCAUAAGUCCUGCCUGGUGGAGUACUUUACCCAGGGGCCUGGUGCCAUCUGCCAACUAGACUCCCUGUACUUCCAGGAGAGCUCCAUGACCCGCUGCAGCCACGAGCAAUCCCCCUACCAGCUGCUGCAUGGCCAGCCACACAUACACGAGGAGGUGAAUACAAUGCAAUACAAUACAAUAUCACUGCAGUCUGUACUCCUCUGUAAACUGGCAAUCAAUGGUCAAUGGUACCGAUAUUAGCAUUUUUCACGCUUCAUGUCCAAAUCAUCUAUAAGUAACUUCAUUGAGCUACACAAUCAAUUUACAUACUUUAGAAUGAUUUGAACAUGAAGCGCAAAAAAUGCUAAAAUCAAUACCAUUGACUUCCAUUUGAUUGGAAUAUAGCAUUUGGAAACAGUUGCCAUGUAAGUAAAACCAAAGCAUGGAUUGCUGUCGUCAUACCUUGUCCAUAGACUGCUUACAGCGUAAGGAAACCAAUAUGUAAUUUGGGUAAACCAUCCCUUUAAGAUACCCUUAUAUAUACAGUGCAUUCGGAAAGUAUUUAGACCCCUUCCCUUUUUCCAAAUUUUGUUACGUUACAGCCUUAUUCUAAAAUGGAUUCAAUAAUUAUUUCCCCUCAUCAAUCUACACACAAUACCCCAUAAUGAGAAGGUGAAAACAGGUUUUUAGAAUUUUUUGCAAAUGUAUUAAAAAUAAAAAACAAAUACCUUAUUUACAUAAGUAUUCAGACCCUUUGCUAUGAGACUCGAAAUUGAGCACAGGUGCAUCCUGUUUCCAUUGAUCAUCCUUGAGAUGUUUCUACAACUUGAUUGGAGUCCACCUGUGGUUAAUUCAAUGGAUUGGACAUGAUUUGGAAAGGCACACACCUGUCUACAGUGCAUUCGGAAAGUAUUCAGACCCCUUGACUUUUUCCACAUUUUGUUACGUUACAGCCAUAUUCUAAAAUGGUUUAAAUAGUUUUUUCCCCUCAUCAAUCUACACACAAUACCCCAUAUUGACAAAGCAAAAACAGGUUUCUAGAAUUUUGUGCAAAGGUAUUACAAAUAAAAACGGAAAUAUUACAUUUACAUAAGUAUUCAGACCCUAUACUCAGUACUUUGUUGAAGCACCUUUGGCAGCGAUUACAGCCUCGAGUCUUCUUGGGUUUGACGCUACAAGCUUGGCACACCUGUAUUUGGGGAGUUUGUCCCAUUCUUCUCUGCAGAUCUGUCAGGUUGAGUGGGGAGCGUUGCUGCACAGCUAUUUUCAUGUCUCUCCAGAAAUGUUGGAUCGGGUUCAAGUCCGGGCUCUGGCUGAGCUUCUCAAGGACAGUCAGAGACUUUUCCCGAAGCCACUCCUGCGUUGUCUUGGCUGUGUGCUUAGGGUCGUUGUCCUGUUGGAAGGUGAACCUUCGCCCCAGUCUGAGGUCCUGAGCGCUCUGGAGCAGGUUUUCAUUAAGGAUCUCUCUGUACUUUGCUCCGUUUAUCUUUCCCUUGAUCCUGACUAGUCUCCCAGUCCCUGCUGCUGAAAAACAUCCCCACAGCAUGAUGCUGCCACCACCAUGCUUCACCGUAGGGAUGGUGCCAGGUUUCCUCCAGAUGUGACGCUUGGCAUUCAGGCCAAAGAGUACAAUCUUUGUUUCAUCAGACCAGAGAAUCUUGUUUCUCAUGGUCUGAGAGUCUUUAGGUGCGUUAUGGCAAACUCCAAGCAGGCUGUCAUGUGCCUUUUACUGAGGAGUGGCUUCCGUCUGGCUACUCUACCAUAAAGGCCUGAUUGGUGGAGUGCUGCGGAGAUGGUUGUCCUUCUGGAAGGGUCUCCCAUCUCCACAGAGGAACUCUUAGCUCUGUCAGUGACCAUCGGGUUCUUUGUCACCUCCCUGUACAAGGCCCUUCUCCCCCGAUUGCUUAGUUUGGCCGGGAGGCCAGCUCUAGGAAGAGUCUUUGUGGUUCCAAACUUCUUCCAUUUAAGAAUGAUGGAGGCCACUGUGUUCUUGCGGACCUUCAAUGCUGCAGAAAUGUUUUGGAACCCUUCCCCAGAUCUGUGCCUCUACACAAUCCUGUCUCGGAGCUCUAUGGACAAUUCCUUAGACCUCAUGGCUUGGUUUUUGCUCUGACAUGCACUGUCAACUGUGGGACCUCUAUAUAGACAGGUGUGUGCCUUUCCAAAUCAUUGGAGGUGUACCUGUGGAUGUAUUUCAAGGCCUACCUUCAAACUCAGUGCCUCUUUGCUUGACAUCAUGGGAAAAUCAAAAGAAAUCAGCCAAGACCUCAGAAAAUAAAUUGUAGACCUCCACAAGUCUGGUUCAUCAUUGGAAGCAAUUUCCAAAUGCCUGAAGGUACCACGUUUAUCAGUACAAACAAUAGUACGCAAGUAUAAACACCAUGGGACCAUGCAGCCGUCAUACCGCUCAGGAAGGAGACGCGUUCUGUCUAAUAGAGAUUAACGUACUUUGGUGCGAAAAGUGCAAAUCAAUCCCAGAACAACAGCAAAGGACCUUGUGAAGAUGCUGGAGGAAACAGGUACACAAGUAUAUAUAUCCACAGUAAAACAAGUCCUAUAUCGACAUAACCUGAACGGCCGCUCAGCAAGGAAGAAGCCACUGCUCCAAAACCGCCAAUAAAAAAGACAGACUACGGUUUGCAACUGCACAUGGGGACAAAGAUCAUACCUUUUGGAGAAAUGUCCUCUGGUCUGAUGAAACAAAAAUAGAACUGUUUGGCCAUAAUGACCAUCGUUAUGUUUGGAGGAAAAAGGUGGUGUUUGCAAGUCGAAGAACACCAUCCCAACCGUGAAGCACGGGGGUGGCAGUAUCAUGCUGUGGGGGUGCUUUGCUUCAGGAAGGACUGGUGCACUUCACAAAAUAGAUGGCAUCAUGAGGAAGGAAAAUUAUGUGGAUAUAUUGAAGCAACAUCUCAAGACAUCAGUCAGGAAGUUAAAGCUUGGUCGCAAAUGGGUCUUCCAAAUGGACAAUGACCACAAGCAUACUUCCAAAGUUGUGGCAAAAUGGCUUAAGGACAACAAAGUCAAGGUAUUGGAGUGGACCUCAAUCCUAUAGAACAUUUGUGGGCAGAACUGAAAAAGCGUGUGCGAGCAAGGAGGCCUACAAACCUGACUCAGUUACACCAGCUCUGUCAGGAGGAAUGGGACAAAAUUCACCCAACUUAUUGUGUGAAGCUUGUGGAAGGCUACCCGAAACGUUUGACCCAAGUUAAACAAUUUAAAGGCAAUGCUACUAAAUUACUAAUUGAGUGUAUGUAAACUUCUGACCCACUGGGAAUGUGAUGAAAGAAAUAAAAGCUGAAAUAAAUCAUUCUCUCUACUAUUAUUCUGACAUUUCACAUUCUUAAAAUAAAGUGGUGAUCCUAACUGACCUAAGACAGGGAAUCUUUACUAGGAUUAAAUGUCAGGAAUUGUGAAAAUACUGAGUUUAAAUGUAUUUGGCUAAGUUGUAUGUAAACUUCCGACUUCAACUGUAUAUCAUCCACAGGUUUUGGGGUUCAAAUUCCGCAUCUCAGCAGACGCCUUCUUCCAGGUGAACCAAGGGGCGGCGGAUUUGCUUUACCGCACAGUGAGAGAGAUGGGCCUCCCGAAUGGAGCUCGAGAGGGAGGAGGAGGGGGCACACUCUUGGACGUGUGCUGUGGAACGGGGGCCAUCGGUAUCACCAUGUCCCCCAGAGCGGACAGGGUCAUCGGGAUAGAACUCAUCCAGCAGGCCGUGGAAGAUGCCAGACACAACGCAGCCCUCAACCAGAUCCAGAACUGUGAGUUCCUCCCGGGGAAAGCCGAGGUAGUCCUUCCUGGGCUCAUGGAGGUCCUGGGCUCCACCACCGACUCUGGAGGCCCCCUCACGGCUGUGGUGAACCCAGCCCGCGCUGGCCUGCAUUAUCGUGUGAUCCGGGCUCUAAGGAAUCACUCAUCCAUCCGCAGGCUGCUCUAUAUCUCCUGCAAACCCGAAGGAGAGGCCAUGAGGAACUUCAGGGAGCUGUGUUGCAGUCCCGACCCACAUAGGAAGCUGACAGGCGAGGCUUUCAGGCCGACUGUGGCUAUACCUGUGGAUAUGUUCCCUCACACGCCACACUGCGAACUGCUGCUGGUCUUUGAAAGAUAG